AGUUUAUAUUAUUAAUGUAAUAACAAGAGAAAAAUCGCAUUUAUUAUGGAAGGUUUGUCUAAAAAGAGAAACUAAGUGCAGGUAGCAUUUCAUUAUAUAAAAAGGAUCUUUUGGAGUUGUCUAUAUUUGUUAAGAUAAAGUUUCUCGAGAAUAUGUAGCUAUUAAAGUAGAAAAAGAAAAUGGCAAUUUAUUGAGUUUAGAAAGAGAAAUAUAAAUAAUUGAAGAAUUAAGAGGAAUUUAAGGUAAAUAAAUUAAAUUAUAUGAAGGCAUUCCUAAAUUAUAUUGGUAUGGAAAUGAAUAUAACUCAAAUUGUAUGGCCAUGCAAUUAUUAGGUAGAGAUCUCUCGCAUUAUUUAAAACGUUAUCGAAAGUUUUCUAUGAAAUGUAUUUGUAAUUUGGCAGAACAAUUAUUAAAUAUAAUUGAAGAGGUUCAUAAGAGGUAAUCUAUUUUCUUCAAAAUUUAAGAGGUGUAAUUCAUAGAGAUAUAAAACCAGAAAAUAUUCUUAUGGGAAGAAGCAAUGAUACUAAUACAGUUUAUAUAGUAGAUUUUGGUAUUUCUAAAAAAUUCAAACUUAAUGGAUAACAUAUGUAAUCUUUAUUAUAUAUUAAUCCUAGUCCAUUUUAAGAAUAAAAACCAUUCAUGGGUACUACGAGAUAUGCAAGUAUUCCAGCACACAAAGGAUAUGAAUUAUCAAGACGCGAUGAUUUAGAAAGUUUGGGAUAUGUCUUUAUUUAUCUUCUAAAAGGUAAUUUCGAUCCUAUUUUUAGGCAAUUUACCAUGGCAAAAUAUUACUUCAUCUUCUGAUAAAGAAAAAACGAAAUUAGUUGGUAAACUUAAAAUGGAACUUGAAACUAAAGAUUUAUGUAAAGGUUUACCGACUGAAAUUUAAAGAUACAUGGAUUAUGUUUAAAAACUUAAAUUUGACUCAAAUCCAGAUUAUAAAUAUUUAUUUGGUUUAUUUUAAAAGAUUGCUAAAUAAUAAGGAUUUUAAUUAGAUAGAAAAUUUGAUUGGAAUGAUCAAUCAACUACUUCAACUAAGUCUUCAGAUGGAUAAUAACCAAGAUUAUCAGGCAAAGAAUUUGAAAUUGGAUAAGAUGAAAUCUUUAAAAUUGAUAAAUCUGAAAAAAAAAAUAAAAAUUGUGAAUCAAAUCUUAGUUAAUAAUCCUCAGUCAUGUUAAAUUAUGUGCCAUCUGUUAUUCAAUAGAUAGGCGGUAGAUUUACCUCAAAAUCAAAUGGGUAUUUUAUAUGAUUAUUGAAUUAAGUCGUUCUAGAUAAAAUUCAAGGUAAAGUUCUUUUUCACGAGAAUCCUCAUUAAUGAAAUAAUAGACUGGUUAAACUAAAAAAAAGGAAAAUCAUUUAUAAAAAAUAGGAUAAUUUUAGGAUUUUGAAGAUUUAGAAAUAUAAAAAAAACUACCAAAAUAAAAAUAAAGUGAUUUUUAAUUUGAUGAUUUUGGUGAUGAUCUCAAUGAUGAAGGAAAUCUGGAAGCUAAAUUGAAAUAAUUCGAACCAAUUCAAGUACAUUUCAAAGAGCAUCUUUCCAAAUCUUGAGAAAUAUUUACU